AUGGCUAAACUCACCCUGCUUCUAGCACUUCUCAUCUUUUUCACCCCUUCUCUUUGUUGUCCUGAAGAUCAAAAACAAGCACUGCUCGAGUUUAAAUCCUCUCUCAUCAAAACUACAAGUUCACCUUCAUUAGAAAUCCCACUGUUUGAGUUAUCAUGGAAUUCCAGCUCAGAUUGUUGCAAUUGGGAAAGGGUCAUUUAUAGUACUCGUUUUCAUCCAAGGAUUGUGAUUGCUCUAUAUCUUGACUCCCUUGUCUCCAUGCAAUCUACGGAGCCCAUAGUGGUGACUUCCACCAUCUUGACACCACUCUUUCGCAUUAGAAGCUUGAUGCUGCUUAACAUGGCUGGGAAUCAUAUACAAGGUGAAUUGCCAGGUGACGCCUUUGCCAAUUUAAGCAAAUUGGUUUAUCUUGAUUUGAAGAAUAAUUUCUUCAAUGGCUCCAUUUCCUCUCAACUUUUUCACUUGAGGUAUCUUCAAUAUCUUGAUUUAAGUAGCAAUUCAUUCAAUGGUAUUCUUAUUGGGGAUGUGGGCUCUCUUCAAAACUUGCGGGUAUUGAACUUGGAAGAAAAUUAUCUUGUUGGAAAUGUCCCUAAGGAGAUAGGGAAUAUGACAAGGUUGCGGCAGCUACAUCUUCGCAACAACAGUUUUUUUGGUGAAAUUCCAUCUUCAUUUUUGUAUCUGAAGGAGUUGGAAGUAUUGGACUUGAGGAACAAUUUCUUGUCAAAGAAGAUUCCAAUUUUUAUUAGCAGUCUAUCCAAUAUAACUAGUUUGGAAUUGAGCAACAACAAGUUGACAGGGAGAAUUCUAUCAUCCAUAAAGAAAUUGAAGAAGUUGGAAACACUUCAAUUUGAAAACAACCUUCUAAGUGGAGAAAUUCCAUCUUGGUUGUUCAAUAUCAAGAGCAUGAAGCGUCUUUUUUUGGGGGGGAAUCAUCUUACUUGGAAUAGCAAUGCAAAGAUAGAGCCAAAGUGUAUGCUAUCUCAUUUGUAUAUGAAGUCUUGUGGUCUUACAGGAGAAAUCCCAUAUUGGAUUUCUAAACAGAAGACUCUUGAAUUUUUGGACUUGAGUGAGAACAAGCUAGAAGGAAUAUAUCCACAAUGGCUUGUUGAAAUGGAAGUUGGAAGUAUAGUUCUAUCAGAUAAUAGUCUUAAAGGUUCGCUUCCACCUCGUCUCUUCAACUCUCGAAGUUUAUCAAUUCUUUCCCUAUCUAGAAACAACUUUUUUGGAGAGCUACCAAACAACAUUGGUAAUGCUACUGAAAUCAGAAUUCUCAUGCUUGAUGGAAACAAUUUUUCAGGGAAGAUUCUUGGAAACUUACCAGAUUUUAGAUCCAAUGUAUUGCUUGGGUACAUUGACCUUUCUUCCAAUGAAUUCUCUGGUGAAAUUCCAACAUACUUUCCCCUAGAUAUUAGAAUUCUUGUAUUGGGAAAAAAUAAGUUUACUGGCAACUUGCCCAGAAACUUGACCAACAUGGGUCGGCUUGAACAUUUAGAUAUCCAUGACAACAAAAUCUCAGGUGAAUUGCCAAAGUUUAUUGGCCAAAUCUGCACCCUUCAAGUCCUAAAUUUACGAAACACCACCUUCCAAGGUUCCAUCCUUGAUGGUAUUUCCAAUCUUAGUAGCCUCAGAAUUCUUUACCUCUCAAGCAACAAUCUUGUUGGGAACAUCCCUGCAAAGUUUGGAGAUCUUGUUGGUAUGAUUGAAAUACCAAAAAGAACUUCAUUAAUCCGUGAGUUUUACACCAUCUUAAUCGAGUUUAAUGAUCUGACAGUGAAUUGGAAGAAGUCGAGUCAAGCUCUCUCAAGCCGCAAUCUUGAGCUUUACUCUUUGUUAGACUUGUCAAUGAACCAACUUUCUGGUAAAGUCCCAACUUCAUUAGGAAAAUUGAAGGGUCUAAAACUUCUUAACAUCUCACAUAACAUACUGUCUGGGAAGGUACCUUUAAGUCUUGGUGACAUGGAAAGUCUAGAGAGUUUGGAUUUGUCGCAUAAUAAACUAUCGGGCUUAAUUCCACAAUCACUAGUAAAGCUGCAAGAAUUGUCUGUUUUGGAUGUGAGUAACAAUGAACUCACAGGUAAGAUUCUAGUUGGUGGCCAAAUGGACACCAUGAAUGAUCCAAACCUUUUUGCCAAUAAUAGUGGGUUGUGUGGAUUGCAAAUUCAGGUGUCAUGUCCAAAAGAGUAA